GUGGGGAGGAGCGAUUGGAAGAAGACGGCGAGCGCUGAAGGCAGGCAGGCAGAUAUCAGGCACUACGGAGGCCACCCUGGUCUCCUUGCUCUUCGGUUUAGUUUGAAAGCAGUUGCCGGCCCGCUGUUGUCGCCUGGGUUGCGGUCCGGCUUCCCGCCCAGAGUGGGGCGCUUACGCGGGCCGGGCAGUCUGCGCGGGGAGACGGCGCGCGGCCUGCCCGGGAUCUCCACAUACCGGGGACGCAGCGGGAGGGUCGCUUGGAGCUCCCGGCGGGAGAGGAGGGAAGGGGAAGGGGAGCGGCGGAGGAACCACCGGCCUUCGCCAUGUCCCUACCGCCGGAGAAGGCGACCGAGCUCAAGCAGCUCAUCCAUCAGCAGCUCAACAAGAUGGAUGUCCAUGGAAGGAUAAGAGAAGUUCUUGCUGAAACUAUACGGGAAGAAUUGGCACCUGAGCAACAACUUUCAACAGAAGAUUUAAUAAAAGCUCUUAGACGCCGAGGAAUCAUAGAUGAUGUCAUGAAAGAGCUCACUUUUGUUUCUGACAUAGCUGAUGGAGAAUUGACUUCCUCUCCAAAACCAUCUAAUUUUAAUGAUAAGCAGUCAACUCUUUUGAAAAAAACUAAUAUUGAUCCAACACGGAGGUAUCUUUACCUUCAGGUUUUGGGUGGAAAAGCUUUCUUGGAACAUCUACAAGAACCUGAUCCUUUACCUGGACAAAUUUGUUCUACCUUCACUUUAUGUUUACAUUUUCGAAACCAACGUUUCCGCUCUAAACCUGUCCCAUGUGCCUGUGAACCAGAUUUUCAUGAUGGCUUUUUGCUUGAAGUACACAGAGAAAGCUUAGGUGAUGGAACUAGAAUGGCUGAUGCAACAACAAUGUUAUCAAUAUGUGAUCCAAUACAUAUGGUUCUAAUAAAAACUGAUAUAUUUGGUGAGACCUCUUUAGUAGCAUCCUACUUUUUGGAAUGGCGAUCAGUCCUUGGCUCAGAUAAUGGGAUGACCAAUAUUGCUGUGGAACUUCUGGGUGUAGGUACAGAAUCAAAAGUUUCUGUUGGAAUUUUAAAUGUAAAACUUGAAGUAUAUCCACAACUUAAUCAAACAUUGUCUCAAGAAAUAGUUAAUACACAACUUGCUUUGGAACGACAGAAAACAGCAGAGAAAGAGCGUUUAUUUCUUGUAUAUGCUAAGCAAUGGUGGAGAGAAUAUCUGCAAAUACGACCUUCCCAUAACUCAAGGCUGGUAAAGAUUUUUGCACAGGAUGAAAAUGGAAUAAAUAGACCUGUAUGUUCUUAUGUCAGACCCCUUCGAGCUGGACGGCUCCUGGAUACUCCAAGGCAAGCAGCAAGAUUUGUUAAUGUCCUUGGUUAUGAAAGAGCCUCUGUUAUUGGAGGAGGAGGUAAACACGAACAGUGGUGCACUCUACUGGCCUUUCUCUGUAGAAACAAGGGUGACUGUGAAGAUCAUGCUAACCUUUUAUGUAGCCUUCUCCUUGGAUAUGGAUUAGAAGCCUUUGUUUGUGUAGGGACAAAAGCUAAAGGAGUCCCUCAUGCCUGGGUCAUGACAUGUGGGACUGAUGGCACUAUCACUUUUUGGGAAAGUUUAACAGGACAUAGGUAUAUACAUAAGCCCAUCAAUCCUGAUGAUCCUCCAGCUGUUGAACAACCCAAACCACUCUAUCCUUAUAGAACUAUAGGGUGUGUUUUCAAUCAUCAGAUGUUUUUGGGAAACUGCCAGUCUUCUGACUCAGUAGAACUUUGUGUAUUUGAUCUGAAUGAUGAGUCCAAAUGGAAACCCAUGAGUGAAGAAGCAAUCAAAUCAGUUUGUGCUCCUGGUGCCACAACUUCUCUUCCUCCCUUUCCCCCUCUUUGUGCUUCAGUGAUUGAUUCUUCAGUAACAAGUAAUGAAAUUGAGAUGCAACUGAGAUUGCUGGUAUCAGAACACAGGCAGGAUCUUGGCCUCACUACUAUUUGGGAAGACCAGCUCUCCUAUCUUUUGUCACCAGCUUUGGCAUCUUAUGAAUUUGAACGUACAACUAGUAUAUCUGCAGGAAAUGAAGAAUUUCAAGAUGCCAUACGGAGAGCUGUACCUGAUGGUCAUACAUUUAAAGGAUUCCCUAUACAUUUUGUAUAUAGAAAUGCAAGACGAGCAUUUGCUACAUGUCUCCGGUCUCCUUUCUGUGAAGAAAUCAUCUGUUGCCGAGGUGACCAAGUGCGACUGGCUGUCCGUGUUCGAGUAUUUACCUACCCUGAAUCUGCUUGUGCUGUUUGGAUCAUGUUUGCUUGUAAAUAUCGAUCUGUGCUAUGAGAAGAAUCAAUCUUGUUUUCUUUUGAUAGAAACUUGACAUUAUACAUCAUUAGCCAUUCACAGGUGCUUUCUUGUAAAAAUCAUUAUCUGGCUCAUAUAUCACAAUUUCAGUUUUGUAUAUAAACUUAACUAAUAAUGUUUGCAAAUAUUGGUGUGUGUAUUUAAAAAUUAAGGAUAAAAAACUUGUGAAAACUUGCGUGGGUGUAGUAUAAAUUAAGUGUGUAUUUUAUUUUAAUAAAUGCCAUAUUGUCUACAGGUAUUCAGUAAUAUAAAUAUAAUAUUUUUCAGUUUUCUGAAGUUCAUAAUUAUUCAUUCAAAAGGUAUGUCUCUAAGGGUAUAAGUUGUGAUAAGAUCAGUAGAACUGCUAAAUUUUACAAAUAAAAUUAUUUAAAUUUUAUGCAGGCAAAAAUAACAAGUUAAUAUUACAACAGCAAUAUAGCUGAAAACAGGUAGGAAAAGUAGAUUUUGAUAGAUUACUACAGGAUCAGCUAACCAAUGGUUCUUUAGUGUUUGAUUAUCCUGAUGAUGCUUUGAAGGAAGUGUGAAGGAAAACGAUCAGUAAAGCCAACAUUCUUAACAAAUAAAAUUAAACAAAUACUGCAUAAAACAGUUGAAUUAUGUAAAUAUCAAAUUUACUUAAAUGGAUUAGGUUUUAAUUGGAGGGAAGAGAAAAGGGAAUUUUUAUCAAAGACACUGAUCAAUUCUAGUUUCUAUGGCAUUUUGUCAGGUAGGCCAGUCCCAUAUAUAUUACCUCAAAAAAAUUCAUAGUUCAUCAGUACUUGGAAGAGCUCAAUGAUUCUCACCAUAUUAGCUCAUUUCCUUUCCAGCUGUAAAUCUGUGACGGGACAUGAUAAUUUUUUUUUUUUUUUUGGAGACCUAGACUUAGUUUAAUCACAAAAUCAUUUGUGAGCAUGUGAAAAUGAGUAUGGGCAUGAUAGAUUUAAAGCAUACAUUAAUUAUAAUCUUCAAGGAAUGCUAUUUUACCACUAAUGAUAAUACUAAAUUAUAUUUUACAUUUUUCAAAGUUUUUUCACAUGUUAUUUCAUUUGAUUCUUAAAAUAUUAUUUGUUUAUGCAAGACAAAUAUUAUUUCCCUCCACUUAAUGGAUGACAAAAUUAGGACUUUCUUUUAAUAGAGAGUAAACUCAAGGUAAAUAAUCUGUAAAUUACAGAGAUCACACUAGAAUCCUGGUCUUCUGACUCCUAAUCCAAGUUAUACUUUGUUACUCUCAGAUAAUUAUGAUCAAGGGAGGCACUUGAAAGGUUGUGUGUAUCUUUUUUUUUUUUUUUAAAUAGAAUCAAUAAGAAUUUGAAUGGUGCAAAUGAUGGGUUUGACUCUUCUUGCUUGAACACAGCAUUCAUUGUCCUAAGCUCAGUUCUAUUCAUUCAUAUUUUAAGCAUUAUGUACACUUAAUGAUUCACUUGAACAGAGGAAAAAAGGAAGGCAAGGCUAUAAAGUUUUCAAAGAUGUCUGUUACUGGGGAAGCUUUUCAGGUAUAUAGUCAUUGUAUAAUUAUCUGGAUAUUUUUACAAAAUUCAUCAGAACAUAUGUAAUAUUGAAGGUCCUUUAAUAAUGGAAAGGAAUUAGAUCUUUUCAAACAAAAGGAAAAUUGCAUUUACUUUUCCUCCUUUCUAUAAUUUCUUACUUUCUACCUACCUCUAGAGAUUAAUGAUUUAAGUUUUGAAAGCAAUAAAAACUUAGAAUUAUCUUAUAUUCUAAAAUAAGCUUUUAGUUUUAUUUUUAAUUAUAAGAAUCAUGACUUAAUUUGUGCUUUUUAAAAAAUGAAAUUUGAAAAUAUCUCACUGUCUUUUGCACCAUUUUUACUGAAAAAAUUAAAUUGAAUGUUAUUUAUGAGAAUUGUGAAUUGCAGUUUUAGUAAAAUGGGAUUUUAAAAAUUUCUACAUUAUCAUAUGUGACAAUUAAGCUAAGAAUAGAAGUGUUAAAUGAAAAUUGCCUAUUUGCUUCACACUGAAGUCAUAACAAAAGAUUUGUGCACAAAUUUUGAAACAACUUAAUGUUAUCCAGUUACCACUAGUGCAUGCUAUCAUACUAAUGUGCUGAUGCUAUCAUAAUUUAAGCAUGUGAUGUUUAAAAUUAGGUCUGCAAUUUAAAUUCCAGCUUAAGAUAUAAAAAUGAAUUUGGU